AUGAGAAACUGCAAGAAGAGACCACGACGACCUACGAGGAGUCAGGGAAGGCCGUCAAGAGACUUGUUUUAUCAAACUCUGACUGAUUAUUCAGAUGAAGAGACUCAAGGAAUCUUAGAGUUCAUGAAGAAACUGAAACAGGCCGAUGAUGAAACAUGCAUCUUCAAUCGAUUCUGCUGUGGGAUUGACUCUUAUCGAUAUGGUUGUAUAAACUACAUCAGUCUCAAAAAUCGUCUCCUUUGGAUUCUCCGUGAUCACAAAGGUUUACUCGACGAGUUCCAUCAGCUUAAGUCAGGUUUUGCUUCUCCUGUAAUAAUAAACAACGAGAAGAAGAAAGAGAACGCAGAAUCAGACAUGGAGCGUACGGUAGGGUUCUUGAAGAAAAUCGAAGCCCUAGGGGAGAGUGUGUACAAAGCGUUUAUAAGUGCGGUAGCGUUUUCCGGUGAUAUAGAGGUUCUGGUUGAACAACUCGACCAGAUUCUACGCGACCACACGCCUCUAAAAGAGGAGUUUGAAACGUUCUUAGUCGAUUCCCGUUUACUCAAACGCAAACGUGAAGAAAGCGUGGAGGACACGCCAUCGUAUCAGAUUAGACCCGAAGCUGAAGUGCGAUCUUCCUCUAAUGGGGUUUUUAACGAGAAAUACUAUUUGGUCAGUCCGUAUGAUCCCGUGGUCGCAUCGCAGAACGAGCACCAGCGUUGCCUCAAUAAGAAAAGGAAUAACCUCGAGGACAAACUUAUGAAGGAGGACAUGCUCAUGGGUGACCUAGAUGCGGUUAUUAGGUUUGGUAAAGACCCGAAACUCUUCGAGAAGCCUCCAUUAGGAUUUGACAGAGUCUUGGACUGGUUUUGCGGAGGUAAGGAGGUGCCACAAAAAUAUAAGACACAUCCGAAGCUUGCGGCAACAUAUAUGUUACCGAUAAUGCAGAUUACGCUAGAAGAGAUGACAAGGGCGAAAACAGUUAAAGCGAUAAGUGCCAACGAUUCGGAGGGUGAAGUUAAGUAA